CCGGGAUCCAUAAGAAAUGAGGAUAAAACAAUCGGCCGAAAAGUUGCGGUCGUGUUUGCUUAAAAGCUUUCCCCUUCGCGUCUUCUGGUGCUGUGACUGAAGCGACAUGGCUAUCCACAGCUGCCUGAGCAGCACCCCUUUUCAAAGUCUUCAAUUUGCCACGGUUUCCCCUUCAUCUUCCUCACGCCUUGUUUUCCCAACAGCCGAUAGAAUUCCAGUUAAUCCCCUUUCUUCCCGUAGCUACUUACUCAAACUACCCUUGCAUGCAACAUCUCACUAGAGCUCUUUCAGCUUCUGCUGCUGUUCAAACAUCUCCCGCCACAUCGUCGUCCACAACUAACAAGACCCCUGAUGACAAGGGUGGGAAAGCACCGUGGAAAGCAGCUAUAGACUUCAAGUGGAUAAGGGACGACAAGGAAGCAGUCGCCGCCAACAUAAAGAAUCGAAAUUCUAAUGCUAAUUUAGAGCUCGUGCUUGAGCUAUAUGAGAAAACUUUUAAUCUUCAGAAGGAAGUUGAGAGGGUUCGCGGGGAAAGGAAUGCAGUAGCAAACAAGAUGAAAGGAAAAAUGGAACAAUCAGACCGUCAGAGACUCAUUGAGGAAGGAAAAAGUCUGAAGGAUCAGCUGGCUGCCUUGGAAGAAGAGCUUGUCAAGCUUACCGAUGAGCUCCAACAGGAAGCACAAUGUAUACCGAAUAUGACUCAUCCAGAUGUUCCAAUUGGAGGAGAAGAUAAUUCAAGAGUAAGAAAGAAGGUUGGUAGUCCUCAAUUUAGCUUUGUUCCCAAGGAUCAUCUGCAACUUGGAAAGGAACUUGAUCUUUUUGAUUUUGAUGCUGCCGCCGAGGUCAGUGGUUCAAGUUUUAACCUGAAGAAUGAGGCGGUUUUGUUGGAAAUGGGUCUAAAUUGGACACUCUCAGAAGUAAUGAAGGGCUUUACCCCAUUAACAACUCCUGAAAUCGUUCACUCCUCUGUUGUUGAAAAAUGUGGAUUUCAACCGCGGGGAACAAAUACCCAGGUAUAUUCCAUUGAUGAUAGCGAUCAAUGCCUCAUAGGCACUGCAGAAAUUCCUGUUGCAGGCCUUCAUAUGGAUUCUAUACUUGCUGAAUCAUUGUUACCAUUGAAAUACGUAGCACUUUCUCAUUGUUUCCGAACUGAGGCUGGUGCUGCUGGUACUGCUACAAGGGGUCUUUACAGAGUUCACCAGUUCAGCAAGGUUGAGAUGUUUAUAUUUUGCCGCCCUGAGGAGAGUGAACGCUACCACGAGGAGCUUAUUACAAUGGAGGAAGACCUCUUCUUAUCCCUAGGCUUACAUUAUAAAACUUUGGAUAUGGCCUCGGAAGAUUUAGGUGCCCCUGCUUAUCGAAAAUAUGAUGUGGAAGCAUGGAUGCCCGGCUUAGAACGGUUUGGUGAGAUAUCAAGUGCAUCAAACUGCAGAUAUCAGAGCCGGCGAUUAGGAAUUCGGUAUCGUCCAUCAGGGCCACCAACCACAAGCACAAAAAAGGCUAAAGGCAACCUUCCCGCCACAAUUGUCACACAUUUGUUAAAUGCAAAUAACGCUUGUGCUGUACCUCGGAUGAUUAUUUGUUUGCUCGAGAAUUACCAGCAAGAAGAUGGAUCUGUGGUCAUUCCUGAGCCCUUGAGGCCCUUCGUGGGUGGCCGUAAUAUCAUAUCCCCAAAAUCUGGAUAAAAUUGAUUAUUACGUUUACUGCCAUUUGCAGGAUUGUUGCGUCAUUAAAUGAGAAUAUAUCUUGGGUCUAUGCAUAGUUAUAGGAGGAAAGUGUCUUGAUCAGUUAGUCGAAGAGAUUGUCUGUUAUUACUCGGAACUGCUGAAGAUUGCUUGGCAAAUUUGCAGCUGAUAUAGGAAAUUUUCCAGCUGGAUUGAUAUGCUAUUAUUUCCCCAGAACUUUCAGCUGCGUACACUUUUGAUGUCAAUUGAUUUGAUAAUUAAAUCUUUUUUAUAUAGUGCUAAAAA